GUGGAAACAAUGGCUGUUAGCCUAAAAGAAAUCGGCUUAAUAGUCGGUGUGGUUAUAGCCUGCUAUUGGAAUAGCCUCUUUUGUGGUUUUGUUUUUGAUGAUGUUUCAGCAAUAUUGGACAAUAAAGAUUUACAUCCUUCUACACCUUUAAAAAACUUAUUUCACAAUGACUUCUGGGGAACCCCUAUGUCUGAGGAAAGAAGUCACAAAUCUUACCGUCCUUUAACAGUUUUGACAUUUCGUUUAAACUAUUUAUAUAGUGAGUUAAAACCAGUGUCCUAUCACCUGCUAAAUCUGAUUUUUCAUGCUGUGGUUAGUGUGGUCUUCCUUAGAGUCUGCAAAUUGUUUCUGGACCCCAGAAGUAGUAUAAUUGCCUCCUUGAUGUUUGCUGUGCACCCUAUACACACAGAAGCGGUAACAGGUGUUGUAGGAAGAGCAGAACUUUUAUCAUCAAUUUUUUUUUUAACUGCAUUUUUGUCAUAUACAAAAUCUAAAGGUCCAAAUAAUACCAUAGUAUGGACCCCAAUUGCAUUGACUGUUGUUCUGGUAGCUGCUGCCACAUUAUGUAAAGAGCAAGGAGUCACUGUUGUGGGGAUAUGCUGUGUCUAUGAAGUAUUCAUAGCUCAAGGAUAUACCUUGCCAUUAUUAUUUACUACUGCUAUGCAGAUUCUUCGUGGAAAGGGUAGUAUUCCUUUUUCUCUGCUGCAGAUACUGCUAAAACUCAUUGUCUUAAUGUUCAGCACGUUAUUACUUGUUGUGAUCAGAGUCCAGGUUAUUCAAUCUCAGCUUCCAGUAUUUACCAGGUUUGACAAUCCAGCUGCUGUAAGCCCAACUCCUACAAGGCAAUUGACUUUUAACUACCUCCUUCCUGUAAAUGCGUGGCUUCUAUUUAAUCCCUCAGAACUGUGCUGUGAUUGGACAAUGGGAACAAUACCACUUAUAGAGUCCUUUUUAGAUAUUAGAAAUCUUGCCACAUUUAUUUUCUUUUGCUUUUUGGGGUCACUUUUGGUAUUCAGUGUUCGAUAUCCUGGUCAUUCUUCUAAAACUGUGUUAAUGGCACUCUGUUUAAUGGCAUUGCCAUUUAUUCCUGCAUCAAACCUCUUUUUUCCAGUUGGAUUUGUGGUUGCAGAGCGAGUGUUGUAUGUGCCUAGCAUGGGAUUCUGUAUUUUAGUCGCUCAUGGAUGGCGGAAAUUAUCUAAAAGACAUGUGUUAAAGAAGCUGUCUUGGGUUUGUCUGUCUAUAGUAGUGAUCACUCAUGCCUUAAAGACACUUCACAGAAACUGGGAUUGGGAAUCUGAGUAUACCUUGUUUAUGUCUGCCUUAAAGGUAAAUAAAAAUAAUGCAAAGCUGUGGAAUAAUGUGGGUCAUGCUUUGGAAAAUGAAAAGAAUUUUGAGAGAGCCUUAAAAUAUUUCUUACAGGCAACACAUGUUCAGCCGGAUGAUAUUGGGGCCCACAUGAAUGUAGGAAGAACUUAUAAAAAUUUAAAUAGAACCAAAGAAGCUGAGGAAUCUUACAUGAUUGCUAAAUCACUGAUGCCACAAAUCAUUCCAGGUAAAAAAUAUGCUGCACGAAUUGCUCCCAAUCAUUUAAAUGUUUAUAUCAACCUUGCUAACUUGAUUCGCGCAAAUGAAUCUCGACUGGAAGAAGCAGAUCAGUUGUAUAGACAAGCAAUUAGCAUGCGGCCAGAUUUCAAACAGGCCUAUAUUAGCAGAGGAGAAUUACUUUUAAAAAUGAACAAACCUCUUAAAGCAAAGGAGUCAUAUCUUAGGGCAUUGGACCUUGACAGAUCCAAUGCAGACCUUUGGUACAAUUUGGCAAUUGUGAAUAUUGAACUAAAAGAAUCAACUGAAGCCCUACGAAACUUUGACCGGGCUUUGAAGAUGAAUCCUAAUCAUAAACUAGCACUAUUCAAUUCUGCCUUGCUCAUGCAAGAAUCAGGUGAAGCUAAAGUUAGGCCUGAAGCAAAGAAACGACUGCUCAACUAUAUAAAUCAAGAACCCCAUGAUGCAAAUGGAUACUUCAAUUUGGGGAUGCUUGCAAUGGAUGACAAAAAGGGUAGUGAAGCAGAGAUGUGGAUGAAGAAGGCCAUAAAGCUGCAAGCAGGCUUCCGAAGUGCUUUGUUCAACUUGGCUCUUCUGUAUUCUCAGUCUUCAAAGGAAUUAAUGGCUUUGCCUGUUCUAGAUGAGCUCCUUCGAUACUACCCUGAUCAUAUCAAAGGUCUCAUUUUAAAGGGAGACAUUCUGAUGAAUCAAAAGAGAGAUAUACUAGGAGCAAAGGAGUGUUUCGAAAAGAUUGUAGAAAUGGAUCCAAACAAUGUACAAGGUAAACACAAUCUUUGUGUUGUUUAUUUUGAGGAGGGAGACUUAUUAAAAGCAGAAAAGUGCCUCCUUGAGACACUUGAUUUAGCACCACAUGAAGAAUAUAUACAUCGUCAUUUGAAUAUAGUGAGAGUUAAAAUUUCCUCCGCUGGUGGUGGAGAACGGUUAUUUCUUCCACCAACUGGGACCACACGUGUGGAAGGAGGUAAAAAACCUCCAUUUGAAAACUUAGAAGAAAGUGAACAUAAAUCUACCCAGACAAUGAAAAAUGAUAAUAAUGAAAGUAGGUCUAAAUCGAACAUGCAAUUAGAAGAAAAUACAGACAAAGAAAAUAAAAAAACAACAAAAGAAAUCAGUGACAUUGAAAAGAAAAGAGUUGCUGCUUUAAAAAGACUAGAAGAGAUUGAACGUAUUUUAAAUGGUGAAUAACCUUAUUCUUUAUCAUGAUAACAGUGCUAUGGAAAAUAUUUUAACCUAUGGCAUUUAAAUUAAUUUUGCUCAAACUGGGUGCUUUGAAAAGUGGAAAGAAUAUGUAACAACAUAUAACAAGUUGUUUAUCAGUGGAAAAUUUUAUGUAUUGUGAGGUUCUUUUGAAUAUGAAAAAAGUAUAUUAAAUCAAGAAUGAAGAAAUCAUGAUUUUUAAAGCCCAAAGGAAAUGCCUGAUGGCAAAAAAUUUUCAGAUGGGUAUUUUCAGAAAGUACUACAAGGACUAGAUGGGGAUCCCACAGAACAGUUCCAGUAUGUGCAGCUCUAUUCCCUGCAACUCUUUUUGUAUUUUCCUAUUUCUUGUGAAUUUCAGUCUUCCCCCAGUGGAAUCUGACUAUGGAUGAAAAACAUUACUUGACCAUACAUAUAUAUAUAUUUUUUAUUAUUAUCACU